CAAGUGUAUAUCUUCUUUUAGCCCGAGUACGUAAGGAACAGGAAAGAUAAGCCGCUAUCAAAAAAAAAGUCGAAGGAUUUUAAAUUUUGAUCGUUUGCAAAAGAUCUUACCAUUAUAAAUUCUGUAACUCAUUCAUUUUUGACCUUAAUAAAAAAAACUACCGUAAAUUACCUUAAGGCCUUCUUUUCAUCUGAUUCUUUAUCUUGUAACCACAAGAUAAUAGGAUUAGGAUACAUAAUUGUAUCCUAUUUAUUUGGGUUGGUAGGAUUUUACAUGAGUGUAGCUAUAAGAACUGAAUUAAGUAUGAGUGGAUUGAAGAUAAUAAGCGGUGAUACUUUAGAAAUUUAUAAUGUUUUGUUUACUUUGCACGGAAUAAUAAUGGUUUUUUUCAAUGUUAUGACUGGGCUUUUAGGAGGUAUAGGAAAUUAUUUAUAUCCUAUAUUUUUGGGAGCAAGUGACGUUGUUUUUCCAAGAUCUAACUUGUACAGUCUCUUAAUGCAGCCUGUAAGUUAUUUCUUUGUAUUAUCUUCAAUAUAUUUAGAAAUUGGAAGUGGUACAGGUUGGACUUUAUAUCCUCCUUUAAGCACUUCCUUAUCCCAAUUAGGUAUUGACAUGAUAAUAUUAGGUUUGGUGUUAUCCGGAAUUUCAAGUAUACUUGGUAGUGUAAAUUUCAUAACGACGUUUUUUUCUUUAAAAUUAGUCGGUUCUAAAAUUGAACUUCAACUACCUGUAUCUUGGUCAAUUCUAUUAACAUCCAUCCUUUUAUUGUUAUCUUUACCUUUUGUAACUACUGCUUUAAUAAUGGUAUAUACAGACAGACAUCACAAUACUAUGUUUUUUGAUCAGUUGAACUCUGGAGAUCCUGUAAUUUAUCAACACUUGUUUUGGUUAUUUGGGCAUCCUGAAGUUUAUGUAAUGAUAUUACCAGCUUUUGGAAUAAUUAGCAUAAUAAUGAGUAUACAUGCAAAAAAAGAAGUAUUUGGUAAUCAAACUAUGAUACUAGCUAUGUUAUCUAUUGGAGUAUUAGGUAGUUUAGUUUGGGGGCACCACAUGUACACUUCUGGUAUGGAAAUUGAUAGCAGAAGUUAUUUUACAACUUUAACUAUAUUAAUAUCUUUACCUACAGGUAAUAAAAUAUUCAAUUGGGUUUGUACCUCCAAAAGUUUCAACUCGAUUAGAACAUCAGGAAUACUUUUAUUAACUUCUUCUUUUAUAUUAAUGUUUGUCAUUGGAGGUACAACAGGUGUGGUUUUAGGAAAUUCUGGAGUUGAUAUUUCUUUACAUGAUACAAUGUAUGUGGUAGGACAUUUUCAUUUUGUCUUGUCAAUUGGCGCUAUAAUUGGAUUACUAUCUUUUUUAGUCUUUUCUCAAAGACUAUUUUUAAAAACUAUUUUAUCUAACAAAUUAAUUAUAUUUAUUAUACCUGUUUUCUUAUUUUCUGUACUUUUAACUUUCACCCCUAUGCAUUUUGUAGGGUUUAGUCCGCUACCUAGAAGAAUACCGGACUAUCCAGAUGAAAUGUGGGGGUGGAACUUAUUAUGUACAAUAGGAUCUACUAUGACCCUAGUCUUCAAGAUAAUACUAAUAUUAGUAUUAUCUUUUUAA